UCUAGCCUCUACCCAAGGCCUCUCCUCCUCCAUUCCUUCCUUCCCCCUAUAAACUGAAGCUUGUUCCCUCCAAAAGCCAAAUAGCAAUAGAUGGCGAAGCGACGAGAGGAGUCCGAAGGCGGCGGACCCAUCGGCAAGUUGCCGGAGGGCUGCAUCUCGCACGUGCUCUCCCUCACGACGCCUCCUGAUUCGUGCAGGUCGGCCCUCGUCUCGGCCGCCUUCCGCUCCGCGGCGAACUCUGAUGCUCUGUGGGAGCGGUUCCUCCCGUCCGAUUACGAGUCGAUCCUGUCGCGGGCCGUUGAUCCGGUCAAGUACUCGUCGAAGAAGGAACUCUAUUUCCGACUCUGCGACUCUAUUCUCGUCGAUGGCGGCACGAUGAGCUUUGGAUUGGAGAGAUCAACUGGACGUAAAUGCUACAUGAUAUCUCCAAGAAGCAUGAAUAUUACAUGGAGUAACACACCACAGUAUUGGAGAUGGAUUUCUCUGCCUGAGUCAAGGUUCGCAGAAGUGGCUGAGCUUCUAGCUGUUUGUUGGUUGUUUAUGAGCGGCAAGAUUGACUGUCGACUACUCUCUCCUAAAACAACCUAUGCUGCUUAUCUCGUCUUCAAAUUGGCCUCUAGGUCAUAUGGACUUGGCCCCCCUCGCCAGUUGGCAUCAGUGAAGCUAGGAGAUUAUGCCUUGGAGACCGAUAUCUGUUUGCAAGAUGAUGAGGACAGUGAUGAUGAUGAUGGUGAUGAUGAUGAUGACGACGACGGCAACGACCACCACCAAGAGGAAGCCCAGCAGCGCCAGCAGCAACGGCAACAACCCUUGAGGGAUGAUGGGUGGAUGGAGAUCGAGCUGGGGGAGUUCUACAAUGAUGAGGGGGAUGACGGUGAUGUGGAAAUGAGUUUGGCGGAGGUGAAUGCAUUGCAUUGGAAGAGUGGGCUCAUCAUCCAGGGCCUCGAAGUAAGGCCCAAAAUUUGACUUAAUUGGAUGCUGUUGCUAUUGUUUUCUACUGCUUCAUACCUUGAAAAAACUGUUUGCUGUUGCUUUAGAUAAUUAGAUGCGUGCUGUAUCAUGUUAGCAGCUACCAAAACUCUUUAUGGUGGUCUUAUGGACAAUCUACAUGUUGGAGUUUUGAAUAAAUUUGAAUGUAAAUAAUCCGAUGGCUUCAACUUUUGUCCAUAUCCAAAGGAGGAAAAUACUGGCUUUAACUGUUAUAUUGAUCUUCAA